CAUUCAUCACAACCGUUGAAUGAAUAACCAAGUGAUCACAUUUGAUAUUGCUCAAUCAAACUUAUCCAAUGCUAGCUAACUACUCAUUUCGUCAGUACAGAAUCCCUGUCCUGUAUCCCUGUUAAACUUCCAUCUCCAACUCCUAUCAUGGCAGCAGAACUUGUUGGUGGUGCUCUUCUUUCCGCUUUUCUUCAGGUUGCAUUCGACAGGCUGGCUUCUCCUCAAUUCGUUGACUUCUUUCGUGGAAGAAAACUUGAUGAUAAGCUGCUCCGAAAUUUGAACAUCAUGCUCCACUCACUCAAUGCUCUGGCCGAUGAUGCAGAACAGAAGCAGUUCAGAGAUCCACACGUGAAAUCAUGGCUUUUUUCUGUCAAAGAGGCUGUCUUCGAUUCAGAAGAUCUCUUGGAUGAAAUUGAUUAUGAAAUCACCAGAUGCCAAGUGGAAGCUGAAUCAGAACCUCAAACCAUCAUUUACAAGGUAUCAAACUUCUUCAAUGCUACUUUCAGAUCAUUUAACAGGAAAAUUGACUCAGGGUUGAAAGAAGUCCUAGAAAAGUUAGAAUACCUUACAAGGCAAAAGGGUGCUCUUGGUUUGAAAGAGGGUACUUAUUCUGGUGAUAGAUCAGGUAGUGCAGUCUCACAAAAAUUGCCAUCAACUUCUUUGGUGGCUGAAAGUGUUAUUUAUGGCAGAGAUGCUGACAAAGAAAUGAUCAUUAACUGGCUCACAUCGGAAACUGACAUCUGUAACCAACCAUCAAUACUUUCUAUUGUGGGUAUGGGUGGGUUGGGUAAGACCACACUCGUCCAACAUGUAUACAAUGACCCCAAGGUGGACGAUGCUAAAUUUGAUAGUAAAGCAUGGGUCUGUGUUUCAGAUCAUUUUAAUGCUUUAACAGUGGCAAAAACAAUUCUUGAGGCAAUCACUGAUGAAAAAGAUGAAAGUGGAAACCUGGAAAUGGUUCACAAAAAGCUAAAGGAAAAAUUGAAAGGAAAGAAAUUUCUUCUUGUUUUGGAUGAUAUUUGGAACCAAAGACGAGACGAAUGGGAAGCUGUACAAACUCCUCUUAGCUAUGGGGCUCAAGGAAGUAAAAUUCUUGUCACAACCCGUGAUGAGAAAGUUGCUUCUAACAUGCAGUCUAAAGUACAUCGCCUAAAGCAAUUGCGAGAGGAUGAAUGCUGGAAAGUUUUUGAAAAACACGCAUCGAAAGAUUAUAAUCUUGAAUUGAACGAUGAACUAAAGGAGAUUGGUAGCAGGAUAGUUGAUAAGUGCAAGGGGUUACCUUUAGCUUUGAAAACAAUUGGAUGCCUUUUACGCACAAAGUCAUCAAUUUCAGAUUGGAAAAGCGUAUUGGUAAGCGACAUAUGGGACUUACCUAAUGAAGACAAUGAAAUUAUCCCAGCACUAUUUUUGAGCUAUCACCACCUUCCUUCUCAUCUUAAAAGGUGCUUUGCUUAUUGUGCCUUGUUCCCCAAAGAUUAUGAGUUUGUGAAGGAGGAGUUAAUUUUGUUGUGGAUGGCCGAAAGUUUUCUACAGUGCCCUCAAACUAGACAUCCAGAAGAAGUUGGUGAACAAUACUUUAAUGAUCUAUUGUCAAGGUCUUUCUUUCAACAGUCAACCACGGAAAAGCGUUUCGUAAUGCAUGACCUUCUGAAUGACUUGGCAAAAUAUGUUUGUGGGGAUAUCUGUUUCAGGUUGAAAUUUGAUAAAGGAAAAUACAUACCGAAAACAACCCGUCAUUUUUCCUUUGAAUUUGAUCACGUCAAAUGUUUUGAUGGUUUUGGGAGUUUAACUGAUGCUAAAAGACUACGUUCUUUUCUUCCAAUUACAGAAAUUGAGAGAACUUACAUUGGUUAUUAUCCUUGGCAAUUCAAGAUUUCCGUACAUGAUUUGUUCUCCAUGUUUAAGUUUUUACGCAUCUUAUCUUUCUAUAAUUGUUUGGGCCUUACAAAACUCCCAGAUUCUAUAGGUGAUCUUAAGCAUCUCCGUUCGUUAGACUUUUCACACACUGCGAUACAAAAACUACCUGACUCAACAUGUUUACUCUAUAACUUGCUAAUACUGAAGUUGAACCAUUGUUUAAGGCUGGAAAAGUUGCCCUCAAAUUUGCAUAAACUGACCAAAUUGCGUUGCCUGGAAUUCAAAAAUACAAAGGUGACAAAGAUGCCUAUGCAUUUUGGAGAAUUGAAGAAUCUUCAAGUACUGAAUAUGUUUUUCGUGGACAGAAAUAAUGAGUUUAGUACUAAGCAGCUAGGAAGACUCAGGCUUCAUGGAAGGCUAUCAAUUAAUGAGGUGCAGAAUAUUACGAAUCCUUUGGAUGCAUUAGAAGCAAAUUUGAAAAAUCAACACCUUGUGGAGUUAGAGUUAAAAUGGAACUCAAAGCACAUCCUUAAUGAUCCAAAGAAAGAAAAGAAAAUACUUGAGAAUCUACAGCCUCCCAAACAAUUGGAGGGUUUGGGUAUAAGCAACUAUGGUAGUACACACUUCCCAAGUUGGUUAUUCAAUAAUUCAUUAACAAAUUUGGUAUUCUUACGGUUGGAGGAUUGUAAAUAUUGCAUAUUUUUGCCUCCCCUUGGACUAUUGUCAUCUUUGAAGACCCUCGAAAUCGUAGGACUUGAUGGAAUAGUGAGCAUUGGUGAUGAAUUUUAUGGGAGCAAUGCUUCUUCAUUCAUAUCCUUAGAAAGAUUGGAAUUGUACGACAUGAAGGAAUUGAGAGAAUGGAAAUGUAAAACUACUUCUUUUCCACGUCUUCAACAUCUGUCUAUGGAUCACUGUCCCGAGCUGAAAGGUCUGUCAGAGCACCUUCUUCAUUUAAAGAAACUAGUUAUUGGUUACUGUGAUAAGCUCAUCAUUAGCAGAAACAACAUGGACACAUCAUCGCUUGAACUCUUGAAGAUUUGUUCGUGCCCUCUUACGAAUAUUCCCAUGACCCAUUAUGAUUUCCUUGAAGAAAUGGAUAUAGAUGGCGGUUGUGACUUUCUUACAACCUUUUCGCUAGAUUUCUUUCCAAAUCUCCGUUCACUUCAACUAACCAGAUGCCGAAACCUGCAAAGAUUUUCACACGAGCAUACUCAUAAUCAUCUCAAGUACUUCAUAAUUGAAAAGUGCCCUCUAGUUGAAUCAUUUUUCAGUGAAGGGUUAUCUGCACCGUUGUUACAAAGAAUUGAAAUUCGGGGAGCAGAGAAUCUAAAGUUGUUGCCAAAACAAAUGAAAAUCCAGCUUCCAUCUCUUAUUGAAUUGUUGAUAAUUGAUUGUCCAAAAGUGGAGACGUUCCCAGAAGGAGGUUUGCCAUCAAAUGUAAAACAUGUGUCUCUUUCAAGUUUAAAACUUAUCGCCUCCUUGAGAGAGUCAUUGGAUGCAAACACAUGUCUUGAAAGCUUGUCUAUUGGAAAGUUGGAUGUUGAGUCGUUUCCUGAUGAAGUUUUGCUACCCCACUCUCUCACUUCUCUACAAAUAUUUGAUUGCCCAAAUCUUAAAAAGAUGGAGUACAAGGGUCUCCGUGACCUCUCUUCUCUCACACUUCUUCACUGCCCUGGCCUUCAAUGCUUACCAGACGAGGGUCUGUCCAAAGCCAUCUCUUCUCUUACAAUUUGGGACUGUCCAUUGCUCAAACAACGUUGUCAGAAUCCAGAAGGCGUAGACUGGGGAAAGAUUUGUCACAUUGAAAAAUUGAUUAUUAGGUAAUGAGACACAAGUUCAAAGUUAGAUGUUCACAAUUUCCAUUGGUCUGUCUCUUGUACAUGUGCUAAUUCUUCACAAUAUCUCUCUACCCUUACAAUUACAAAUUUCUUAUUGCAAAUAUUUCACUCAGUAAUCGACAUUUACUAAACAUUGUUGGAUAAACUUUAAUGGAUGGACCCCAUCAUUUGAUUUAAGG